UAAUACAUUGAGGUUUCAAAUCCAAUCUAGCCAUGAAUAAUUUUUCACUGUUUACUUUACAAAAAUAAACAGUGGAUAAUGAAACUCUUCACUUUCAAUAAACUAAUAUUUUAAAUCUAACUUAUACUAUAUUUAUAAACAAUAAAUUAUAUCUAAUAAUUAACCAAAUAAUUUUUUUCAGUAAACGAAGUUUCAGAAUAGCAUGUCUACCUUCUACCGACCUUAUCAAACAGCUAUGAUUCUUCCAAAUUAGCUGACGCCCUUGCUGACGUACGUGUAGUGCCACAUCUAGGUUCUUGAGAGUGAUGUCCAUUAUUGUUCGGUGUAAAAAAUGGAUAAAUCCUAUGGAAAUUCAUUUCAUUUCUUCUUAUAAAUAUUCCAUUCGAUGUCUUCACUGAACAUCCCAUAAUUUGGAACUUAUAAAGUCGAAGGCUCUCUUUCUCUCUUGCCUGCCAAGCUUUCAUCCAAAUCCAUCCCCUCUGCAACAAUGGACUUAAAUUCACCUCCAGUUGAAAUGUUCUUCUUUCCAUUUGUUGGUGGAGGCCACCAAAUCCCCAUGAUAGACAUAGCCAGAGUCUUUGCUUCCCAUGGUGCCAAAGCUAUCAUAAUUACCACUCCAAAACAUUCCCUCUCCUUCCAAAGAUGCAUCCACCGUGACCAAGAAUCUGGUCUCCCAAUCUCCAUCCACGUUCUUGAGCUGUCUGACAAUGUUGAUAUAGCCGACACGGACAUGUCUGCAACUCGCACUGACACUUCUAUGCUCCAAGAACCUCUGCAAAAUCUUUUAGUCGAACGAAAACCAGACUGUAUUGUUCAUGAUGUGUUUCAUCGCCGGUCUGCUGAUGCUAUUGACAGUGUUGGGAUUCCUAGAAUUACUUUCAAUGGGAAUGGAUGCUUUGCUCAUUUUGUCCGAGAAAAUAUGGAACGCUAUAAGCCACAUGAGAAGGUAACUUCCGAUUUGGAGCCUUUUAUUGUUCCAGGUCUUCCUGAUGGGAUUGAACUGACCACGUCCCAGUUACCAUUCCUUGGAAGACAACCAAAUGGUGGAGGGUUGCAUAAAAGAAUGCGAGGAUCAGAUGAGAAGAGUUUCGGUGUUAUGGUUAAUAGUUUCUAUGAAUUGGAGACUGCUUAUGUGGACUACUUCAGGAAUGAAUUAGGCAACAGGGCAUGGCUCGUGGGACCAGUUUCAUUAUGCAAUAGAAAUGUGGAAGAUAAGGCCGGGAGAGGCCAAAAGACUUCAGUUAAUGAGCAAACCAUUUUGAGCUGGCUUGACAGUAAAGAACUCGAUUCGGUUCCUUACGUCAGUUUUGGUGAACAAACCCACGGUCUUGAGGCUUCCAAUUACCCAAUCAUCUGGGUGAUAGGAAAAAUCCUUAAAUCAACUGGACAAAAUGGAGAAAGCAAAGAAAAUUUGCUUCCCAGUGGGCUUGAAGAUAGAAUUAAAGAAUCCAGAAGAGGACUCAUAAUAAGAGGCUGGGCUCCUCAAUUGUUGAUAUUAGAGCAACCGGCUGUUGGAGGGUUUGUCACUCAUUGUGGAUGGAACUCAACUUUAGAAGGUGUGAGUGCUGGAACGCCAAUGGUAACAUGGCCUAUAACUGCAGAGCAAUUCACCAAUGAGAAGUUGAUCACUGACGUGUUGAAAAUAGGGGUGAAAGUGGGGAGUAUGCACUGGAUGUCGCCAAGGACCGAGUCAUGGGUUUCAGUGGGGAGAGACAAAGUGGAGGCAGCGGUAAAGAGGCUGAUGGGCAGUGGCGAGGAGGCAGCCGAGAUGAGAAGAAGAGCUGAAAAACUUGGAAUGAAGGCAAAGAUAGCUGUUGAAGAAGGUGGAUCCUCUUGUAAGAAUGCUGAUGCUUUGAUCCAAGAACUGAAAUCUCGCAGGCAAAGUUGAGACUUUGCGUAGCUUGUUACAUGGACUCUGCUUUCCAGGGCAGCAACUGUUCUGGGUUAAUGUCAAUAAAGGGAUGGUAGUGGAUCGGGUUGUAUUUUUAAUAUUUUUUUUUGAAAAUAUAUCACAAUAAUAUUUAAAAAAAAAUUCAAAAAAUGCAUGGUUGUAUGUUAAACACA